AAUAUUCAAAUUUUAAGAUCAGGAAAUGUUUGACAAAUAAUUUAUUUGCGCCAUCUGUUGACGAAUAGUUUUAUAAAGUAAUUCAAACCUUUUGAACACACUCUACAGGGUUGCAACCAGAGAACGUAUAGCAUGAUAUACGUUCUCUGCUUGCGAAUAAAUUUUUGACAGCACCAACCGUAGCAGUUGUCUUCAUUCUGGUUUCGAGUAUUCUUAUCGCAAAUAUAAUUUGUGAAGAAUUUUAAUUAAAACACAUUUAAAACAAGACUACCGAACAACGAAAAGCGAAGUGACAAACGUCAUUACAUAACCUUUUAGGUUACUCUGCUAUGCUCUGCGUGAAAUUAAAAAUUGUUUGCCUGCUAAACAUUUAAAAAUCAUUUGCAGAUGUUGUCACAAUCAGUACUGUCUACCGUACGCGUGCUGCGCACCGAGGCACGUCGUAGCAUUGGCAUCAUGGCACCAGCGUUCAACAAAGUCUCCGACCCCAUCCAACAGCUCUUCUUGGACAAAGUGCGCGAUUACAAGAAGCGCAGCAGUGGUGGUAAAUUGGUUGACCCAACACCCGAAAUUGAACGCGAGUUGAAGAACGAAUUGGAACGCGUCGCAAAGCAAUACGGAGGUGAUGGCAAGGUUGAUAUGACUAAAUUCCCCGAAUUCAAGUUCCCAGAAGUCAAAAUCGAAUCCAUCACUUCAACCAAUUAACUUUUUUCAUAUUAUUUAGGAUGCAAUUUUCAAUUGCCGCUUGUGGCCAACUGCCAACGGUGCAUUAAGAAGUUUUGCGUGUUAAUUAAAUACGGUAAACAAUUUAUUUCUUUAUGGUCUUAAAAUAAUAACGCCUACCAGAAGAAAAUAAAAAAAAAACUAAUGGUAAAACACA